AUGAGCAGAUGUCUAGAUACAAGUUGUGAGUCUGUUGAGUACACUAAUAAUGGUGAAGAUCCAGAGUUACCUCAUUAUCUGGUGAGACUCUCUGAUGAUGUUUUAAGAAACUUUGAAGUUUUGAAUUCUAUGUAUCUGUUGGAUGAUUAUGAUGGCUUAUUAAUGUAUAUGGAGACUCAAAUUGAUGAGAAAUCGUUUGCCGUUCCACCUUAUGAUAUCGUCAUAGUUUUACUGACGUUGUGUACAGUAUCUAAUCAUUACAAAGAUGAAAUGGUUAGGGCUAAUGAUUUGUACAAUAUUACAAGGCAACAAUUGUCAAAAAGAGCCAUUCAGUUAUUAAGGAAAUUUGUGCAAAUAUUGAGAGAUUUCGAUUUAGAGAAAUAUAAUAGGUAUACUUUGGAACUUCUAAGGUGCCAAUUUUUUUUGGCAAUUGAUUCUUUUAAUAUACGACGUGCCCAAUACUCAUUUGACAGGGUUAGGCGUAUAAGAACACCAAAUGCAAUUGUAUACACAGAACUAUCUGCUGAAGAAAUCGAUUCUGCUAAUGAAAAAUAUAUCGCUACUAUUGAAGAUCCUUACAAAGCUUACCAUAGUUCUCUUAAGCAGAAGUUUUCAGUGUUUGAUAAUAAUUUGAUUAACUUGAGAUUAAGUGAAAAGGGGGAGUUUAUUAAUAUGAUAAUAUGGACCCUUUCUAACUCCGUUCAAAAGGAAGAAAAUCUAUUUAUUUCCAGUCAUGAUAUUUGGUUGCCAUUACUGGGAAUACUGAUGAAUAUAUUCGAUUUAAGACACUGUUACUAUGUUGACAGACAAAUAAAUGAGAAUGUGGAUGCAAGUUUAAAAGUUCAGUUACUUGGAACCAGCCCGUUAGCUCUUUUUUUGAAAUCGUUAGAUUCAAUGCAAUUAUCCCAAAGAUUAUCUGAGUAUAUUUUUAUAAAUUUAUCUUAUGAAAGGGAUGAUUCAUAUAAUACCUAUGUGCAUCCAGUUUAUUAUGAAGAAAAUACUUUUUCCAAGCAAUAUAUUUCAAGAAUAAAUUACAGUGAGAAUUACAAAUAUAUAAUAUCCAUGGCUAUGAGAAGAAAAUUAAUUGGUCUAUGUUUCAAAUUAUUGUUAAAUGUGCCAAAGGGACAUAAACUGGUGUCACCACGGUUAGUACCAGAUGAUUUUAUGAAAUCUAUUGUUAAAAAAUUGUGUUUAUUUGACAAUAUAAAUCAAUUUAAGGCAUUUUUUUACAUAGUUGAUUUAUCCCAUGAAUUAUUUUUCAUUCCAUUGCUUGCAGAAAUGACUAUUGGAGAACUUUAUCAUGAUAUGAAUCCAAGCAAAAUCAAAGAUCAGUUACAAAUAGUUGACUAUCUUGACAAUUUCAAUAAAUUUCUUGAAUAUUCAAUAAAACUUAUUGACCAAGGGUUCUUCACAAUGCCAAUAGAUAAUUCCUCAAAUAAUGUUUCAAGUGAUUCUGAUAGUAAUGAUGAGAAUAGUGACGAUAAAAUAAAAUAUGUUUCACCUUUGCAGAAAAUUGAUAUUUGUUUUUCAGUAGUGCUGAGGUAUGCAGUACACCUCAAUGAUGAUGGUCUUGAGAAAAGCAAUAUCGCAUUGUUUGAACAAUUUAUCAGAGCUGUAAAUUCAGUCGAUCAGAGGAGGAAGAAAGAUGCAUCUUGUAAGAUAUCGUUGUACGAGAAAGUGGCGAAAAUUCUCAACGUAUAG